GGAACCCGCGAGCCUAGAAAAGCUCGAGGCGGAGCGCGCGCAUGUGCAUUAUUGUCGGUUCCCGCUCGAGAGCAGAAGGGCCGUCAACGGUUUCGGUGUUAAAAGUAUUAACUAGAUUAACUUAACGCAAGCUAGUUUACACUGCGGUUCGUUUCUGUGAGGUUAUGGGCAGGGCGCCGCUCUGAGGCAGUGCCGAGCAGUUCGACGUGUCGCUUUUACCAAACGGAAAUAAUGAUGAAGAAGGAUAUUAACUUGAGCCUGGCGGACGACGCCGACCUCAAACCGCAUCUCCGCGACGCCGAGAGCAUCCUCAGCUCCCCGGACCUGGGGCUGCUCAAACUAGCCUCUCCGGAGCUGGAGAGGCUGAUCAUCCAGUCCAACGGCAUGGUCACCACCACGCCGACCAGCUCCCAGUUCCUCUACCCGAAGACAGUAACGGACGAGCAGGAGUUCGCCGAGGGCUUCGUGAAGGCGUUGGAGGACCUGCACAAACAGAACCAGCUGAACGGAGACGGGCAGGCGAACGGCAGCCUGGAUCUGGGCGCCAACAUCGCCCCGGUCGCCGUCCAGCCGGAUCUACCGGUAUAUACGAACCUGAACAGUUACGGCACCGGGCCAUUGGGCACCACCGUCAACUACUCCACGGACACAGUGCCUUUCCCGCCUCCUCCGACACAUCAUUUGGGGGCAGCCCCGCCGCACUCGGAGCUCUGUCGGGUCCAGCCGCUGAAGGAGGAGCCUCAGACGGUCCCUGACGUUCAGAGCUUCGGGGAGAGCCCGCCGCUGUCUCCCAUCGACAUGGACACACAGGAGCGCAUCAAAGCCGAGAGGAAGAGGCUCAGGAACCGGAUUGCGGCUUCCAAGUGUCGGAAGCGCAAACUGGAGCGGAUCUCCAGGCUGGAGGACAAGGUCAAAACGCUGAAGAGCCAAAAUACCGACCUGGCCUCGACGGCUAGCCUGCUAAGAGAGCAAGUGGCCCAGCUGAAACAGAAAGUCCUCACCCAUGUUAACAGCGGCUGCCAGCUGCUGCCACAUGAAGUUCAAGUGCACUAGUCCGAGGGACAGGCCUGCAGUUGGGCUACUGACCAGCAUAUAAGCUUCAUGGACUUUGUUAAUGUUGUUUUUUUUGGUUGUUUUUGUUUUGUUUUUUCCAAUAUGUAGCCGAGAUUUGUGCCGUUCUUGGUGAAAUGAAUGCCGGGCCACGUAGGCCAAAUUGUACAUUAAUAAUCGGCGGUUUUGAAAUGCUUUGAACAUCGGUAAAAUGUAAACAUACACGGCAGAACAUAAUAUCAGAUCAGGGUUAAUGAGACAGUCUCUCAAAUAAUUUGGACAAGUUUUAUUCAGAAGCAAUUUCCAGAAUCCACAUGGCUCCACUGUCGCCUCCUCCUGGUGGAGACAACAACUCAAUCAGAAGCAUUAGUUUUUCAAAUAAACAAUUGCCUAUUGGCUUAUUGGAUUUAUGCCGAAAUAAUGAGGGUUUGCCUUUGAUAUGGUCAAUGUAUAAAAUCCUGUUCUACCUCGUAUCUAUGUUUACUGGUGAACAAGGCAGUUUCAAACUGCUGGGUUUUUUUUUUUAAUGGAAUUUGGUCACAGAGUUUACUGAUGGGGGGUUAAAUGCCUAACUUCAAUUACAGAUGGCACACAUCCAGAUUUUUUUUUUUUUUUUUCUUGUAAAACUGUUUACAGACUGGCUGUGUCUAUACAGUCUCACACCUGGACCAAACAGAUUAUCCUUCACAUAAGACAAAUUGGCUGUAAGAAAAAUGCAUAUACACCCACAUUUGAUAUGUAAGAGAUAAUCUACAUAUAUAACCUAUUUACCGUAUAUUUCUAUAGGGAACAAUUUGCAUGUUGUUGACAAACUCGAAUGUUGCCCAUACCUGGGUGUCACAGGGCGCAAUUAAUCCGUGUUUAUUAUCUUUAACCUUUCCAGACACUUGUAACUAUCUAUUUUUUACUCUACUGUGUCCUACUUCAGUGUGCUCUCAUUUUAAAUGUGAAAAGUCGUAACCUUUUUGUUGCACUGACUGUUGGUGUCACCUCUAGCCUACGGUUAUUUGGCUUCAUGCCGCUGUGUUCUGAAUUAAAAGCUGCUCGGCAAUAAACAGUGUUUCCUCUA